UAGCUUGACAACACUAGUCAGACUCACUCGGGGAAUGUACCCUGGCUGUCCUGCGAAGUUUUCUGCAACACUUUAAAACUACGGCUGACUGAGACAUGGAGACAGCGGCAUACACUUCUGUUGUGAAGUAAAAGGAGGCCGGUGGCAAUUUAACGGCUGGUGUCCUACAUCUGAACAUCUAUAUCUCAUCACUGUGAUUUAAACCAGGGACAAACCACACCACAGACUUCCAGACCUCCUAUACCAGCCUCCAGCCACUAUGUCCUAGCUAACAGUGGCUCAGCCCCCUCCAUUGACCAUCCUGUCCCUUAAAUCCCAGUCCCUCUCUCCAUCUUCCUCCCUCUCCCCGUCCCUCUUCUCCUUUCCUGAUGUGGUGAUUUCUGGUCGUAGCACCAGCGGCACCCCUUCUGGCGUGAUGAGCAGCCUGCACCAGCAGCAUCAUGGCAGCACAGGCUCUGAGCGAGACCUUCACUCUGCUGCCUCUUCUGUUAGCCUCCCUUCAAUUAGAAAGACCCCCAAGAAGCGCCGCCUGUCCCUCCACUCACUCUUCAGUCGACGACGUCGGCCUGACCGCGACCCCAAGCGCAAGUCCAGGCCUCUGCAGGCUGGAGUGGACUCCAUUGUCAGCACCGAAAGUGUCCAGGCAGAGACUUUCCAUGAUAAAACUUCUGACCAUUCUGCACUGGGCGCAGCAUCGACUUCAUCAGUGUCGGGUUCUUUAUCAGAGCUGCUGGAGUGCCCUCUGUGCCUACUGCGCCAUGCACGCGAGCACUUCCCAGACAUCAUGACCUGUCACCACCGCUCCUGUGCAGACUGCUUGCGACAGUACCUGCGCAUUGAGAUUUCGGAGUCUCGUGUCAACAUCUGCUGCCCUGAGUGCUCAGAGCGCUUCAAUCCCCAUGACAUCCAGAUUAUCCUGGGGGACCGAGCCCUCAUGGAGAAGUACGAGGAGUUCAUGCUGAGGAGGUGGCUGGUGUCUGAACCUGACUGCCGCUGGUGCCCUGCCCCUGACUGUGGUUACGCAGUCAUUGCGUUUGGCUGUGCCAGCUGCCCAAAGAUCACCUGUGGGCGUGAGGGCUGUGGGACAGAGUUCUGCUACCACUGCAAACAGCUGUGGCAUCCCAACCAGACAUGUGACACAGCACGGCAACAAAGGGCCCAAACUCUCCGGCUGAGGAAUUUCAGAUCCUCCUCCCUCAGCUACAGCCAAGAGAGCGGAGCCGCAGUAGGUGAUGAUAUCAAGCCAUGCCCUCGUUGUGCUGCCUACAUCAUCAAGAUGAAUGAUGGGAGCUGUAAUCACAUGACCUGUGCUGUCUGUGGCUGCGAGUUUUGCUGGCUCUGCAUGAAGGAGAUCUCUGACCUGCACUAUUUAAGUCCGUCAGGCUGCACCUUCUGGGGGAAGAAGCCCUGGAGCAGAAAGAAGAAGAUCCUCUGGCAGCUCGGCACGUUGGUGGGCGCACCCGUGGGCAUCGCCCUCAUAGCUGGUAUUGCCAUCCCUGCAAUGAUCAUUGGCAUCCCAGUUUAUGUGGGCAGAAAGAUCCAUAAUCGCUAUGAGGGCAAGGACAUCUCUAAACACAAGAGGAACUUGGUAAUAGCUGGUGGUGUGACGUUGUCGGUGAUCGUGUCGCCUGUGGUUGCAGCUGUCACUGUUGGCAUCGGUGUCCCCAUCAUGCUGGCUUACGUCUACGGAGUCGUCCCGAUCUCACUGUGCCGGGGCGGAGGCUGUGGAGUGUCUACUGGCAAUGGUAAAGGGGUGCGAAUCGAGUUUGAUGACGAAAAUGACAACAUAGGCAGCGGGGCAGCAGCCACAGACACAACCUCGGUGGCAGAGACUCGGCUCAACAAUCCCAGCCUUGGAGAUGGUGCUAGUGUCGGCGGCCUGACGGGCCUGAGCCUCAGCGUCAGUGGGAGCCACAUGGAGCGCUGCGGCAUGAGCUCCACUCAGCGGGACAACAUGAGCGACAAUGCCAGCACCACAGCCCUCGCUGGGACCAGCAUCACUGGCAGCCUCUCUGGCAGCUGCUACAACAGGAUGGAAGUGCAGGCUGAUGUCCAGAAGGAACGCUGCAGUCUGAGUGGAGAGUCAGCCACUGUCAGUCUCGGGACAAUCAGUGACAACGCCAGCACAAAAGCCAUGGCAGGAUCCAUCCUCAAUGCCUAUAUGCCUCUGGAAAGGGACAAUAGUCUGGAAGUUCAGGCAGACAUGGAGUCCAAACAGGAGAAGGUGAGACACUACAGCGCCAGCAGCAGCCUGGAUGAAGCCAGCUGUAGCAGUAGCACUGGCGGCCUUAAAGGUGCUAGUGGUGGUACAUGCUCCUCCACCUGCUGCUGUGCGCAGCACGACAACCACUGCUGCCCCUCGUCCCCCUGGUCAAAGGAAUCCUCCACUUCAGGGGGCAAGAAGAGCAAAGGAAAGCUUUGGAAAAGAGCCAGCAGCUGCAGCAGCAGCAAAGGAGAAACAAAAAUUAACGAGACACGGGGCGAUAUGGAUGCUCAGCUCCUGGAGCAGCGCAGCACUAACUCCUCUGAGUUUGAUUCACCAUCUCUGAGCGGCAGCCUGCCCUCAGUGGCCGACUCACACUGUAGCCACUUCUCCUCAGAGCUGAGCUGCUCAGACCCUGAAACCUCUCGACCAGCUUAUCCAUCCUGCUCUGCACCAGUGGACCCCCACCCCCAUCAUUCCGCCGCCACCUUCAGCGAUGUCACCAUUGCACCCAUGCCCGAGGUGGAGAACGACCGCCUGGAGCAUUAUCCACCUCAGAGUAGCCACGCAGCCUUCACCCACCGCCUACUAUCGUCAUCUCCACCUGCUUCGCCAAAAGAGGGCAGCAGUGGGACGUUUCUAUACAUCAACGAGGAGAGUGGAGGCGACCUCGUAGACACGGAGAAAGGCGAGAAAAUAAAAGAGACCACCAAAAACACUGCCGCACAGCCUGUAAGCCCAACAGGGAAUCGCUGUAUACAAACAGACAUCUAAAUGAAACUCUCCUGUUUUCUGGGUGUUACCACUGCUAGAUCACUUAGCCUUAUCACCUAAUUUCACUCUUGAGUGAAGCCCCCCCUCAUACAUCUUGGGAAGCUGGUGGUCAAGUUUAAGUUUAAUUAUAUUUUUAUCUGCUGUGGAGGCAGGAAUAUUAUGUGAAUGUCAGUCUAUACAGUUACAGAGAGGGUCGAGGUUCAAGUUGGAGAGAGAUUUGUGAAUAAAGUAAACAGGAGCACAGUAAAGUCAGAGAAGAUGGUGGGUUCUGUUGUUCAGUGACAGAACAAGCAGACCCAUGUGAACCAGAAGUUACAGCCUGUUGUUGAAGCGGGGAGCAGCGAGGCCUGUAGUAGGUAGAGAUGAAUGUAUAUGGACAGGUAUAAAGUAUGUUAUCAGGGUGGUGAGAUACUGCAGAAGCCCCAUCCAGCUAUUAUGAUGAUCUGCAAAGGCCCUGAAUGAUUUUCUGAAUCCGAGCUCGAGGUAGUUCUUACCCUUAUUCCUGAUGCUUAUAAAAAGCAGAACUGAUGAAGCUGGAUAGGCGUAAGUAAAAUGUCUGAUUCUUUUCAAUAGUAAGUUGAGCUGCUAUUUCAAAGCCUGAACCUAUUCUCCUUCUGACAUCUGCAAAAAUCUGGUUCUCUUCUGGGUUUGCAUGAAUCAGGGAUGGAUAUGUCAUCACUGUGGUCCACCGCUGUGCCACCACUUAAUUCUGUGACUUCUUAAAAUGGCAUGAGAAACACCACAGCUAAAGGAUUGUUGAACCUAAGAGGGACCAGUCCAUACUGUAGCAAAUUAUAUUUUUCCAUAAUCAUCUAUAAGUUUGUUUAAAAUGUGACUCCCGUGUUUUGUUUUGUUUUUGUGCUUUGUUUUUACUUAUUUUUAUUUUCCAUUUUGGGAAAGUUGGUUUUAAUGUUGAAGCCCUGUGUUGGGUCCAUGUUUUUAGUAUAAUCGGGUGGGUAAUGUGUUGACAGCGACUCAAACCAUAGCCCUUAUUCCUUUUUUAAAUAUUGUGCAUUUAAGACAGCUGCCAUCUUGAAUUAAUUAAUCUUCACAAGCCCGUCUGCACUGGUAGAAAAUAGUUUGUUUGUGGUUGAACAAAAUCAGCAAAAAAAGGCUCUGAUAUACUCCUCUUGUGUAUUUGAGCACACACAUCCUUCAGUGAUUUUCAGUGAUUCAGUAGUGAAUGUAUAAUGAUAAUAGGGUUACAUUUUGGAUUCCCCCUCCGUAAUUUCCACAAAAUAUAAUUUUUGAUUCAGAGCUUUGGGUGUAUUUUAACUACAAUGUGUUUUAAGUUUUCUUAAAUCCUUGCAAACAAUUAAUGCAAAUAAUUUUAUAUUUGUUGGACCCACAGUGCCUUUUGGGGAAAAAUCCUUUAUAGUGUUUUUAUUUUAAUUUCCUCAUUCUGUAUGUCUUCAAAUGAUAACAUAAAAAUCAGAAUUUAUUAUAUUUGCCUCAUAAAACACAUGAAACCUGUUGCUAAAUACUCACCCUCCCCUGAGUGCUAAUGCUAGCUUUCACACUAGCUUGUUUAGCCUACCAAAGACUGCUCUCAGGCCACUACAAUUUAGACUACACUUGACAGAACCAUUAAUGUAGUUUGAGGUACCUGAAUGAUUUCCUUGUAGAAAUCUACUUUAAUAGUUCAGUCCAUAAGGUCGAAAAAUGGCGUCUGCAGAUCAGAAAAGCCAUGACAAUACAACAUUGGAUUAAUCCUGAUUUGGCGGCAGUACUUUAAAUCUCAAGACUAAAAUGGGUUUUUUGGAGGGGUUUAAGUCAUUUUUAGGAAUUAUAUUUUAAAAACAUUUCCCUAAAGUAGCCAAAGUCAGUUUACCUGUGUUGUCGGUCAGCUCCUGUUGGCAAUAAAACCGUCUUUAUCCAAAGCGAUCAGCAUUUUGAGUAUCAGAUGUUGUGUUUAGCAGCUGUUGUGAAUCAGCCUGACCACAGAUUGCUCUGCUGGGAUGUCAACCAGCCAAAUUCAGCAUGAGCCGUCUGGGAGUAAAGAGUUAGUCAUCAGAGAAACUGUGGUGUCAACUAAAAAGUUUUUGUGCACCUCAAAAGCCUCCAACUGCAGGAUAUUCCCACCCUGUUUAUGUUCCUUCUGUUAAAAAUGCCUGUUAAAUUCCUGUGAGUUUUAUAUUAUUAUUUGAAGACUAGUGCCAGGUCUAUUUUCUAACUUGGUCAAAAGAAGCUUAUGCUAUUUGAAAAAGUAUAUAUUCCCAACUUAUUUGCUUCAUAAUGUGCAUGUAAAUGCAUAUCCUUAAAUAAUAAAAUUCUCUAUCAAG